CGCCAGUUCGUCCCGUUCAUUAGCUUGUUUCUCGUAUAAGCUGUCGACACGAACGUAUAGGCCGCACCGUUGCAACAACCGGCAUCUGUGUGUUUUCGGAGCAACAUGGGCGUCGCACAUCCCCUGGACCCCCUCACGCCAGAGGAGAUCAAGGCCGCAGCAGCUGCCAUCAAGGCCACUGCUGCGCAGAAGGACCUCUCCCCUCUGCGCUUCAACGUCAUCACCCUUGCAGAGCCCACAAAGGCGGAGUUGGUGGCGUACGAGGCCAACCCGGACGAUGUACCUUCACGCGCUGCUGACGUCAUCCUGCAGGCCUACCCCAAGGCGCCCCUCAUCGAGGCCACGGUUCUGCUCUCCGGCGCCAAGCCCGCCAUCACUGCCUGGACCGAGAUCCAGGACAGGGAGCCGCUGCUGACGCCGGAGGACUGCAUCUUGGCGGAGGAUAUUGUCAAGGCGGACCCCGAGGUGGUGGCUCUGCUGAAGGACCAGUACGGCCUGACUGACCUCGCCCUAGUCGCCUGCGACCCCUGGUCAGUGCACAUGCCGCCGAUCGAGGGGCGGCUGAUCCAGACGUGGAUGUAUGAGCGCACCCACCUGGAUGACAAUCACUAUUCCCACCCCAUCGACUUUGUCCCCAUGGUCGACCUCAACCUCAAAAAGGUGGUGCAGAUAGACUUCCCCUGGAAGGACGCGGCCGAGCCGUGGAAGGUGCCCAAGGCAAACAGCAACUACCACCGCAACCUGAUGGACAAGGGCUUCCGCACCUCACUCAAGCCCCUCAACAUUGACCAGCCCGAGGGACCCUCCUUCACCAUUGAGGGCAACCUGAUAAAGUGGGAGAGGUGGCAAAUCCGCACCUCCUUCAACUACCGCGAGGGCCUCGUGCUCCACAACGUCGGGUAUGAGGACGGCGGCGCUGUGCGGCCCAUUCUGCACAGAGCAUCCCUUGUGGAGAUGUGUGUGCCGUACGGGGACCCGCAUGCGCCGUUCCAGCGCAAGUGCGCGUUUGACGUGGGCGACUACGGGCUGGGCUUCUGCGCCAACAGCCUGGAGCUGGGCUGCGACUGCCUCGGCCACAUCAAGUACUUUGACGCCGUCCUCAACGACAGCAAGGGGGAGCCGUGGGCGAUAAAGAAGGCAGUGUGCCUGCACGAGGAGGAUGCGGGCAUCCUGUGGAAGCACAUGGAGUACCGUAACGGGCACGCCGAGGUUCGCCGCAGCCGCCGCCUUGUCCUCUCCUUCGUCGCCACCGUUGUCAACUACGAGUACUGCUUCUACUGGCACUUUUACCAGGACGGCACGAUCGAGUACCAGAUCAAGCUGACGGGCGAGCUGUCAACCAACCCGCUGUCCCCUGACGAGGACCCGGCAAAUCCGCGCUACGGCACGCUCGUGGCGCCGGGCGUCAAUGCGCAGGCGCACCAGCACCUGUUCUGUGCGCGCCUCGACUUCUCCGUCGACGACCCGGCCGGCGGCAAGGCCCUCACCGUCAGUGAGGUGAACGUUGAGGCAAUGCCGGACGGCCCAGAGAACCCAUACGGCAACGGCUUCAUCGCGGUGGAGACGGAUUUGACGAGCGAGGCGAAGGCGCAGCGCGUGUGCGACCCCAGCAAGGGCCGCAUGUGGAAGGUCAAGAACCCCGAGUCCCUCAACCCAAUCACAGGCAAGCCAGUGGCGUACAAGCUGAUGACGAAUGCGGCGCCGGUGAUGCUGGCGACGCCCAGCAGCCUGCUGCAGGCGCGCGGCGGCUUCGCCCUCAAAAACAUCUGGGUCACUCCGCACAGCGAGUCCGAGCGUUGGCCCGCGGGUGACUACACCAUCCAGUCCAAGGGCGGCGAGGGACUGCCCCUCUGGACCAAGCAGAACCGGAGGGUGGACAGCGGCAACGACCCAGUCGUGUGGCACUCCUUCGGUGUCACACACAUUGUGCGGCCUGAGGACUUUCCAGUCAUGCCUGUGGAGCACGUGGGCUUCACCCUGAAGCCCUUUGGCUUCUUUGACUGCAACCCAGGCGUGGAUCUGCCAUAUGCAGCCAACGCCGCCAGCAAGCUUGUGAACGGCUGCUGCAACGGCAACGGCGUCGCAAACGGCCAUGCAAAUGGAAACGGCCAUGCAAAUGGGAAUGGCAAUGCAAACGGCAACGGGUACCACUAGGGGAGCAAGCCAGGAAAGUGCUCCUCAAUUGAGCAGGCUUUCGGUUUCCUUUGUAUUUUGAAUGAAUGUGUCUAUUCCUUAGUUGAUGGUAAUUAUGACUUGGGGUCCGUGGUGGGGUUUGUUGGGGUCCUGAAAUGCCCACAUGCACAGUGCAUUUGGACGCAUUCUGCAAUAUGGUGGGUAGGAUUCUGUCCAGAAACACUGACAAGUGCUCCCUCCUUAGGGACCUGUCAUUAAGACUGUUAACAUUGACAACGAUCAGCGUACGAGAAGGCGUUCAUUUGUAUAUAGCAAUCCGUGUCUACUCUGCAUACGCAGCCUUUUUGUUGACCAUUUAGGAUGUGUAACUCUGAUUAUCCUUGUCGGUUUUAUGGCAAGUCAUAUAUUGGAACGUAUGGUGCUUGUCUGUAAAUUAAUGGUGCAAUUGCAAGCCUGAUCAGAAUUUGUAGUCCGUUGUUGUUUCUAC